UGACGUGAAUGCAUAAUCGUUGUUCAAUUGAAACAAACAAACCCUUCACAAACUAAAUAUUCCAGUUGCUUGAAGACGGCAAUUUUUUUGGCACUGCUGUAUUUUUUUUUUACUUAAAAAAGACUGGAAAGGGGCAGACUAGCUGUUGUAAUACUCGGCCUCUGACCUUUUACCUCUGACUAUGUUUGUUCGAAGCCGUAAUGGACGGGAGACAUGACCCUCCUUGUAUUCCGCAGGCCGUCAGAAUUUGAACAAGCAGUUGUGUUUGUGCUCGGACGGCAAACGCUGAGGGUGGGCUGACACAACGUUUCGGGUGUGAUGGCGGCUGCAGAGUUGAUGACAGCGGAGCUGAAUCUGUAAGGGUGCGGCGCUGCCCUGACAGGCGCCAUGCAGCAGAAAGGCGCCAUCCAGAUUAUCGAAUGGGAGGACUUGGACAAGAGGAAGUUCUACUCCCUUGGGGUGUUCAUGACCCUGACCACCAGGGCCACGGUGUACCCAUUCAGCCUCAUCCGCACCCGCCUGCAGGUGCAGAAGGGGAAGAGCUUGUACUCCGGGACGUUCGACGCUUUCUGUAAGAUCCUGCGGGCGGAGGGGAUCAGGGGCCUGUACCGAGGCUUCCUGGUCAACACCUUCACCCUGGUGUCGGGUCAGGCGUACAUCACCACCUACGAGCUGGUGCGCAAGUACGUGUCCCAGUACUCUCCCAGCAACACGGUGAAGUCGGUGGUGGCCGGCGGAGCGGCGUCGCUGGUGGCUCAGACCAUCACCGUGCCCAUAGACGUGGUGUCCCAGCAGCUGAUGAUGCAGGGACAGGGGGAGCACCUGACGCGGUUUAAGGUCAAACCCAAAAUGAUGCUGGCAACCACCAAGCGCAGCAUGACUUUCGGGCAAACGCGGGACAUCACGGUGCAGAUCCUAGCAGCCGAUGGGUUUCGGGGCUUUUACAGGGGCUACGUGGCAUCGCUUCUCACCUACAUCCCCAACAGCGCACUGUGGUGGCCUUUUUAUCACUUUUAUGCAGAGCAGCUGUCUUUGUUGGCGCCCAGUGAGUGCCCACACCUGAUGCUGCAGGCUUUGGCGGGACCAAUGGCAGCAGCCACAGCCUCAACCAUCACAAACCCCAUGGAUGUGGAGGGACAGUCGUCCGUCACUGCGACGUUCAAGCAGCUGCUGGCCGAGGAGGGCGUCUGGAUCAUGACCAAGGGGCUGUCGGCCCGCAUCAUCUCCUCCACACCCACGUCGGUGCUCAUUGUGGUGGGAUACGAGACCCUGAAGAGGCUAAGCCUGCGUGCUGAGCUGGUUGAGUCCAGACACUGGUGAAAGACAAGAGGGGGGGGGGUCUGCUCCGAAGCCUGCCCGCUCUGCUCCGUGGCUGCAUCCACUUACCCUGUGUUCCAACGAAGGUUGGAUAUGGUCACGCUUGGGUGCUUCUUUGCAGAUUUUGGUACUGUCGUUUUCUGUUAGUGUGCAAUGUGUCAAAAUAAGCGGAGACUUGAUGGAUGUCCACUUAGUUUGACCCAAAAACUUUUCCUAAGCGACGGCAGAGAGCUCCUCCAAAUUCACAUCACUGAGAUCAUUGAACAGCUCUCCCAGAAUUUCUGGGAUUCAAUUUGUGUCCAGGAUAAAUAUGUGUUUAAUCAUGAUUGUAUGUAGGGAGAGUUUUCAAAGUGCCACGGUCUGAAUACAGAAAUGCCUUAUUUAUGUCCUCGAAAACAGCUCAAAGUUGAAAAUUGAGCUUGGUACUCUUGUGCAUUCCAGGAAAAGGCAGAGGCUAAACUGAAAUGAACCUCCCUCUGCUCGAUUCUUAAUGACAGUUAAGGUUCUAGUUUCAAACUUGUGAAAAUCAGGGAGUAUAAGCUGAAACAAAUAUGCCUGACCCAUCUAUCGUAACAGGUCAGUAAUUUGGGUCUCAAAGCCACUAACCCUGAUAAUGCUUCAACGCGGUAAAAGAAAGUGGAGCAAGACGACAGAAUAAGAAACGCUUAUAUAGCUUUUAGGGGAAGAUUCUUCAUAUUGAGCUGAUUUAAGAAGCUGUAGACAAAUCAAAGGAAAAGAGCCCAGAUUCAAAACAAAAAAGGUUUCCCUUUUUUUCCCCCCUUAUGGGCAACUUUAGCUGUUAACGAUUGAAUUCGGCAUUCAGAUGUCCGGGGAUCAAAUCUGCUGCCAUCUGGUUAUGAGGGGACAACGUUCUGUUUGGUUUGAGCUGCAUCCCACCAGCACACAAAAACAGCAGAACAGACUCACUGCCAGAAAAGACAUCCCAGUGGUCACACUGUGUGUACAGUUUUUUUGUUGUUUUAAAAAAAAAAAAACAGUCAGACUGUUCAGCAUCACUUAGAUGAUCAUGAGAGGUGAACCAAACAAUUUCUCCAAUUUCUUAAACUAACUGUAUGGAGGAACUCCAGAAUUUACCGGCAAUCUGUUGAUAAGGGUUUUAAGUAUUUUUAACACUGCAUGUGGAUGUUUGAUUGAAAAAAUAAAGAAGUCUGAAUGGUUCCAGUGUUUUGUGUUGUUGAACUAAGGCUGCCACACCUGUGCUCACACACUAGAUGGAGCACUUUUUCUUUAUUUUAUAGCCACAACUUCCUUUUUCCUAAACGUUUUUAUGCAUUCCACAUAAAAUGGCCGUAUAAUUUAAUGAAAUUCAAUUGACACUGUAGCCCUGAAAUAAA